AUGCUUAAAAUUACCGAACCUGGACGUUCAGAUCACGAUCUUUUGAAAAAUUUAAAUUAUUGUCUUGACGCGUUAAUUGAUUUGGAAAUGAAAGUAAAAGGAUUAAGACCAAAAGAAAAAUUAGAAAUGCCCAUGGCGAAGACUAUUACUUUAUUAUAUACACCAUUAAGUGGGAAACAUUUGGAAGUCACCGAUAUUAGAAUGAUAAAAUUGGAUUUUUUAAAGAAAGAAUCUUUAAUAUUAUUUCCUAAUUCAGUUAAUGUCAAAAAUAUUUGGUUGAAUGAAUUAUCCAAUACUAUAAAAAUUGGACUUCCAUCAAGUCCUUAUCUUGGAGGAAAUACUUUAAAUAAUAUACAUAAUUUACGUUCCCGUACACCUGAACCUCUUCGUUAUUCGGGAGGUAAAGAAUAUCCCGGAGAUAUUCAAACUGUUUAUCAAACACAAUCUUGUUCAGUGGAUUAUUGGAUUAAUGAAAGUUGGAAAUCAUUUGCAGAAAAUUGUACAGUUGAAGUUAGAAUUACUACAACGAUGGUAGGUUGUUGGUCUAUUAUAUUACAAAAGAGUAAUAGGAUGGUACUUAAUUCUUGGAUUUAUUUAUAUACAACAAUACAUCGAGAUUCUUCAACUCAAAUUAGUAUUUCUUGUAAAAUGGAUCAAAAUAAAGAAUAUUAUAGAAUUAAUUGUCCAUGUUCUUAUGAUUCCGAUCAACUAUUUCAACAUUUAAUUGAUGCUCGAAAAUUAUUGAUACAAAAGAGAUCAAAUACUCCAACUCAAGAAUUUUUAAUUUCAAGAUCAUCCUCAUUACAAAAGAAUGAUCAAGGAUUAAUUUCAAGAACAUUUUCAUUACCUACAUUAAAACAACAAAAGAUUAAUCAAAAAAUAUCCAAAAAAUCAGAACAAACUUUUAAAUUAUUACUUGAAUGUAAAGUAAAAAUUUUUUCACAAAAAGAUCAUGGAAAAUGGACAAAUCUUGGUUGGGGAAUUAUGAAAUUAAUAAUGGAAUUACCAUUUCAUGAAAUUCGAAUAAAUAUUGGUAAUGAAAAACAAAUAAAAUUGAUAGAUUCCAUUGUAUCAUCUGAUGGUGUGGAAAGAUUAAAUAAAACAAAUAUCGCUAUGACUUUGAAUAAUUUUAAUUCGGGAUUAAAGAAUAUUUAUAUGAUACAAUUGAAAGAUGAAUCAACUACUACCACCAACAGUAAAUACGAAAAUUUAAAUCAUCAAGCUAUGAUCGACGGGAUUCCUGUCACUUAUAUUUUGGAAAAAUUACAUCAAUUAGGAACACGUUAUUUUGGUGAUAAAUCUACCGCGUUCGCAGAACUUCAUGUAGAAGGAAUUGAUAAACCAUUUUGGGUACAUGAAGAAUAUUUAGUUCUUCAAUCUUUAUUCUUUCGUGAAGUAUUCGAAAAUGUUUCUAAUGGUGAUAUCAUCACCAUAACUGUUCCAUCACCUGAUACUUUUGAACCAUUAUUGGAAUUUUUAUAUAGUGGGGAUGCGGAUAAAUGGUACGAUACUUUAACUGUAGAUAAUUAUUAUGAUGUUUGGCAAAAUUUAGAGUAUCUUGGUUUGGGUCCAGCUGCUCAAGCCUGUGGAGGAGAAAAAUAA